GUUGCCACUCACGUGCCAGCACCAUGGCUUGAAGGGACAGGACGGUGGCUGCCAGUGGAGGAAGCGCAGAGAUGAAGCACCGUACCCUGUAAUAUUUCUUUUGCUGGUUCUCAUCACUGGAGGAUGGCUGCCAUACUCUGUGAAAACUGUUCUGGUUGGUACCACUAUACACAGGUCAACCAACCUGUUGAAAUCAGCUGCAUGUUGUUGCUUAUUAUGCUCGGAAAAGUGUCCCUCAAUCUCUUCAUACUGCGAGUUAAACAGGAAAAUGUGAAAAUUAGUUUUAUGGGAUACUUCUGUGUUUCGCUGGCACUUCUUGAUUUUGCGCUGCUGCUGAGUAUAGCUUUCAUUUUCUAUUUUGAGGACUUUGCACUUUGGGGUGUAAGAUUUACCAAAUACCACAUCUGCCUGUUYACGCAGAUAAUUUCUCUUACCUAUGGAAUUUUGCAUUACCCUGUAUACUUUGUGGCUGGUCUGGAUUAUUAUGUGACUAUAGCACAAGCAUCUCAGCCUCCUAAAAGAGGUCAAAGAUUAUUUUAUGUAGCUGUUGUGUUGUUUCUGUGGAUUUUAGGGUUUUCUUGUAUUCUGAAAGUCCCUGCUAUUUCUGAAGAACUAGAAAUUCAGACACAGUUUUCUCCUUUCCAAUGUCCUUCCUAUGUUAGCAUGCAAAGCUACUCCGUCUCCCUUGCCGUGCUACUUCUCAYGGGCAUGGCUCUUCUGGCUUGCUGGAAAGAUGUUUUCACAAUGCUGCUGUCUGGCAGGGUGGUUUCCUUCGUCGGUCAGCCUGUUCUGAUGUUCCUGUAUUCAUCUGAUGACAACGCUUGCUGGAGGCAGCAGCUUCUGGCCAGGCUUCUCAUCUGUUUCCUUGGCACGUGGGCACCCUUUGUUCUUCUUCAAAUUAUCAUUUUGUCUCUUGGUGCUCAGAUUCCAGCCUACAUGGAGAUGAACGUUCCCUGGCUGUACUUCAUCAACAGCUUUCUUAUUGCAGGGGCGUACUGGUGUCGGUGUCAUGAUGUUGAAUUGACAGAGGAAAUGUGGUCAACAGAUCCAUUUGUCAGCUGGAAAUUCUGCUUUACACCAUUUAACAAUGAAAAUACAGAGCCAGCUGAAAAGCCAGGCACAGUAAUUGUAAUCUGUUAAUGAGCUGACUAAAAAGACUGCAAAUAAGUGCUGUACAACGGAGGUGUUUAGUGCUCUGACAUUCCACAUCCUUCUGGAUAAUAAAAAGAAACACUCUAGAGCUACAGUGUCUGGAAAGUCUAACACUGCUGGUGUAAUGAGUAUUGCACUGUAAUGCAAGAUACUGCACCUUUCCACAUUAGUUAUUGAAYCAGCAGAUGCUUGGUGCAUGCUAAAGAGCCUGGAUUUAAAAAGAGAUUCUACUUCAAAAUUUCAGUUGAACUUUCUUACUGAACUCCAUCCGUUUUAAACAAUCUCAGGUUUUAUAGUAUAAAAUGCAAUAAAGUUUUGUAAGCUGGAGACCUUACCAGGUAUGUUUAAGUGUUACCUACUGUCAAAGGCUCAAACAAGUUCUGUGACUUCAGAAGUGUCCUUUCUUGUUAAGGGUCUUUCCUUGUUCAAGUGCGACUUUUCAUGGUUUGAUUUAAAUUAUAUUUUCUUGAACGUUUUAAUGGUGGUGGUGGGGGGAAGAAGGGUGUUUUAGUUAAUAUAAACCUAUAAAUGCAAGCUUUGUUUACAAAUUACCAAAAAUAUUGUAAGAUAUAUAGGAGUUACAGUUAAAGAGGGUGAUGUUUUAUUAUGUCUUUGCUACUGCUAUUCUAUGUUAUGUAUACAUAUGUAUUAAGAUUAAAUACAUUACUGUCCACAGACAGUAGAGUUUGUUUGGCAGCAGUUGGGCUAACACUAAAGAAAAUAGAGAUGUGCUUUUAAUACAUGAACAGUUCAAUUGAAUUCCUUUUCCUGGCAGAUGUGCACUUCAAAGGCUAAUACCAAAGACUAAUGAAGGGGUUACACUU